AUGUCUCAUUUCGCCGAGAAGGUGAUGAAGAACCUGGGGAUUAAACCCCCCAAACCCUCGCAUCCUCCGGGGUCGCCGGCGAUCGCGACAGGCCCAGCACCACCAAACACGAACAGUCUCAUCGUCAACCAAGACGAACGAAGCCUGUCCGUCGAGUCCAGAUUCAAUGGCACAUAUACGCGACUAGCCCGACUCAACGACGGCACGAUCCUGGCCGCCUUUGCCUGGUACGGCCCCGACCGGCUCCAUGGUUUGAAAGUCUCCAAGAGCACGGACAAUGGCCAGACAUUCAUGGAUAUCUCAGAGAUAUUCCGGGGCAAGGCCGAGAUCGAUAAUCCGUUCCUGCUUGAGAUUGCACCCAACCACGUACUGGCCGCAUUCCGGAACCAUGACUUUGCCCAUCCCCAGGGCUUCACGGUAUUCCGGAUGACAGUGUAUGAGUCGAAAGAUGGCGGGUACACAUGGACACAUCUGUCUCACGCAGUAGUGAAACAGCCACCACUGGGUAUCUGGGAGCCAUUCAUGAGAAUCGCCGGUGGUGGGGUCCUUCAAAUGACCUAUUCACACGAGUUUGCGCCCGACGACCAGCGAUCUAUGAUGGUGAUAUCGCACGACCACGGCCGAACAUGGUCUGAACCUCGAUGCAUCGAGGGUGUCGCAGAAAACCGGUUCCGUGAUGGAAUGACGGGCAUUGUACCGACAUUCGACAUGCAGGAAAAUCUACGCGUGCUUGUCAUGGUGUUUGAAACAACCCGAUUCCGCCCCAACUACAACCUCGAGUGCGUCAUCUCCUACGACGAUGGUUACACCUGGCACCACCGUCAGCCAAUCUAUAACCCUCCCAAGGGCCGCAAUGCUGGUGCGCCGCAAAUUGUAGUGUUUGGAGAUGGAUCAAUGGCUGUUGUGUUUAUGACAAAUGACUACGCCGAAAAGAGCAAGACAGGAAGGCAAAAUGCCUUUAUCAAGGUGGUCUAUGGCGGCCCUCCGCGAGGAGGGAAGAUCGAUUGGAGCUCGCCUGCCAUGGUCUCAGAGCCGCCGGGCUUCUGGCCUGGUAUCAUGGCCUUGGAUUCCCAGAGAGCCUUGGCGGCGUAUGAGCAUGGCGGGCCCAGGGUCCGAUCCAUUACAUGGAGUCCAAAGUAA